CAGUAGACCCACAUGACCCAUAACAUUGCACGGAUUACAGCUUCCACACAGUGUAGAACUGCAGCCUGGGGGACUGUUCUGUUAGGAAAUGUCUCUGUACAGGAAUAUCGUGUGGUUCAUCAAAGGAAUGCAGGAAUAUACCAGGGGAAGAUAUGAAACGGCCUCCAAAAGCUUUGUGACCAAAGACCUGGAUGUGUCUGUGGUGGGUCGAUCAUUCAUGAUCACGGGAGCCAACAGCGGUAUUGGGAAAGAGGCAGCCAUGGCAAUAGCGAAGAAAGGUGGAACUGUUCAUCUAGUGUGCCGUAAUAAGGAGCGGGCGGAGGCAGCCAGAGAGGAGAUCAUCAGGGAGAGCGGUAACACUAUGAUCUACGUCCACCUGCUGGAUCUGUCGGAGACUCGCAAGGUUUGGGAGUUUGCCGAGGCCUUUAAGAGGGAGCAUCCCACGCUCAACGUUCUGAUCAAUAAUGCUGGUUGUAUGGUGAACCAGAGAGAACUGACCUCAGAUGGUUUGGAGAAAAACUUUGCUACCAACACUCUGGGUGUCUAUGUUCUCACAAAGUGUCUGAUUCCCCUGCUGGAGAAGAGUAGAGACCCCAGAGUUAUCACAGUGUCUUCAGGAGGCAUGCUGGUACAGCAACUGAACUCAGCAGAUCUGCAGACUGAGAGGACAGCGUUUGACGGGACCAUGGUGUACGCCCAGAACAAGAGGCAGCAAGUGGUGAUGACGGAGGUCUGGGCGAAAGCACAUCCGAAGAUCCACUUCUCUGUGAUGCACCCAGGCUGGGCAGACACCGCAGCGGUUGCCACGGCGAUGCCUCAGUUCUACCAGAUGAUGCGGGACAGGCUGCGGACUGCGGAGCAGGGAGCGGAUACCGUCGUCUGGUUGGCAGUGUCCAGCGCUGCCAAGGCAACAGCCAGUGGACUCUUCUUCCAAGAUCGGAGAGUGGUGCCAACUCACCUGCCUUUAGCGUGGACAUCCAGCUCCCAGGAGGAGAUCCAGGUCUUCAGAGGCCAACUGGAAACCCUAGCUAUGGCAACCAGGCCCACAGGAUACCCAGCUAAUGCCUGAGGUCUGAUUUAAGACAGGAAUCAUUCAUAUCUUACACCUCAAAACCACUCCUGAAGGACCACAGCAUUACACUGAUUGGUGAUUUUCAUUUCAUUCAAGUCAUGAGGUUGCCUUAGUUGGGUAAUUAGCUGGAGAAUUGAGUAUGACAUGUUGGAGAAAAUGAACACGACACUAUGCAAGAACAUUCAGAGCUUCUAAAAACUUGACAAAAUGUAUUAACAGUUGAUUGUGGGUGUGACGUGAUCAGAACUACCAUAUUAAUAAAUCAAGAAAGAUUUUUUUUUCAAGGUUUCAAAGAUGAAAUUUAUCUCACAGGUAAAAAUGGAUUUACACUAAUUGACAAAAAAAGUUGUGGAAGUAAAAUAAAACGGAAUAUGUGUGUGAAUGUGGUGAUUACAAAAUUAGAGUGAAAGUAUGCUCUAAACUUAAAUGACAGACAAAGAUCUCCCUGAAAAAAAAUCAAAAAUAGAUGAGAAAACAAAGUACUUCUAUCAGUCUGAAAAAUCAGGUUACAAAUUAAUUUCUAAAGCUUUGGGACUCCAACAAACCACAGUAAGAGCGGUUGUUCACAAAUGGUGAAAAUGUGGAACAGUGUUGAACCUUCUCAGAAGUGACCGGCCUACUGAAAUUACUCCAAAAGGUCACAAACAACUCAUCCAGGAGGUCCCUAAAAACCCCCAGAACAACAUUUAAAGAACUGCAGGUCUCAUGUGCCUCAGUUAAGGUCAGUGUUAAUGAUUCAAUAAUAAGAAAGAGACUGGGUGAAAAUGGUCUCCAUGGGAGAGUUUAAAGAUAAAAAACACUGCUGACCUAAAAGAACACGACGACCCAUCUCACAUUGAUAUCAAAAAUAAUUAUCAUUCCACAUUUUACUAUAUAUAAAUUGAAUUUUUCAGACUUUGAGGCACACUUAUUCAAUUCUUUAAUUUGCCUUAUGUAUGAAUUUUACCAGUCAGGUAUUAAGGAGCAGUAAAGUCACUUCACUGAAGUACAGCAUUGUAAGGGUUAAUUGUCAGUGUAGUUUCUUCAGCACUAAGGCUGGGUGCAAUAGCAUUAGCAUUAGCUGCUAUCCACAGUGCUAGCUCUUUCAUUGUUCAGAGGCAGGUAAAUUGAACUGUAGUCUGCGUGUUUACCGUGUUAAAACAAGCUACAUGGGACAAACUGCUAGCUGAUAGCACCCAGGGUUCCUCAGUUUAGUGCUAUAACAAUCAUUUAUGCCCUCGUUAGCACUGAGGUUAGCAGCUAAUGCUAAGGCUGCUGCACUCAUCCUUAGUGCUGGAGAAGCUUCACUGAAAACACACCCUUAGACAAAAUUUUGGAAAGCUAAGCUUACUGUAAAUGAACAGAAGAGCUUUACUCACCCAAAUAAACAGUUUUCAGGAGAGAAA